GCUUAAAAGUUAGUAUCCCCACCCUCCGUACCCUGUUUACCACCUUUUCGCGCGGCAGGCGGGAGUUCCAAACUACUGAAUCCGCCAUAUUUUUUCUUAAACAUAAGUGUGAAUACUUAUUUGAUUUCAGGGGGCGAUGUUUCGUUCUUCCUUCGUGGAAGAUACUUCCAACCCAUGGUCACCGUCUUCUACGUACAUCAAUGUUGGCUCCUUGCAAAAUAUUGUGAAUUUUGCCGAAAAGACGGGCCAUAUUGAUAGAAAAAAUGUUGACAUUGAAGGAAUUCGUCGAAGAGUUGAGAUGACAUCUCCUUCAGUGUCUUUAAUUAGAUUACUGAGAGAAAUCACAAGACUUGGCAAAGCUCUAGACAAGGUAAAUCUAGAAAUUCAGUGCCAUUUGAAAGAUGCUGAAACAAGGGACAUAACUCAUGUUGAUUUACUUGGAAGUAAGUGUCAACAGCUAGAGCAGUUAUCUAAUCAGCUGUCUGCUAUUAUUGAGAAAAAGGAUGAGCUUAUUUCAAGAUUGCAACAGCCUUUUGUAGGAGAAUUCCUGGAAAUAGAUGCUGCACAUCACAAGAACACAGCUGAGGUUCUGCCUAUGAUUGCAUCUAAUUUAGCAAACUUUCCAACUCUGCUGGAGAACAUGAUGUGGAUAAAGAACUUUUCACUUGCAGAUGGUCAAUUGCUUACUGUCCUGUCUCAUAUUGAAUCAUCAUUUGCUGAAAUUCAAAGUUUCUACCAAGCAUUGUGCCAGGGUCGUAAUCUCAUGUCACACCUACAGGAUGAACAUGGCAAACAAAGGGACUUAGCAUAAACAAAUGAAUCUGUACACUCCACUAUAGAACUAUGAAAAAAUGGAUUGAGACAAUGUGGAUUAACAUGUAUUGGUGGGAAGAAUUUAUUUUUGAUAGAGAGCAAGUAAAUAAACAGAAAAUGAACCAACCUUUAAUCCCUUAGGGACAACAUUUAAUGGGUACAAAAAAUGAUAUACAUAUAUUGCCAGCAAACACAGCCAUAUAUACUUCAAAAGAGUGGAGCUACUUGAAGUUUAACGUGUUUUAAACUAAAAUGAGGAAAAUUUUGAAAUGCUUUAAAUGAGCAAACAAGAUAAACAAACAGACAAACAACACACUCAAAGUCUCAAGAAAUUUUCUGUAAGCAUAUAACUGGUGGCACUCGCCAGAUAGACACAGUGUGAUUUUUUUUCAAUGGCCACAAGGUACAAAUAGAUUCUAUCAUGUUUGCCUCUUAUUAGCGAGAGAGAUCAGGGAAAAUUAAGGAACUCAGACAGGAAGUCAGGUGUAUAAAUGUUCAAAAUAUAUUAACUUAUGAUUGUAUGCUCAUUAUCUGAAAAUCCCAGUAUUAAAACGAAAUACCCUCUAAGCUACAUCACGUUGUAAUUUGUUCCAAUCGGCUACGAUUGAAGCUUCCCAAACUGCCACUGGGAAGACUAUGAAAAAUUACAUAUUUCUGCCUCUUUUGAUACGCCGGUUUUAACAACUGCAACGGUCGUAUCAAUUGGCGAAAUUUCUCUAUCUCAAAGGUUAAUCUUUUAAUUUCAAAGUAUAUCUUUCAAACAAAGGGAAAUUAAUUCUGCAAGGAUGUUAAUUAAUCGGUUUUUGUUGAUCCUUCGAUGUUUCUUAACUUUUUUUGCUAUGUGACCGUAAUUUAUUCCAUAGAGGACAAUAAAUUGAAUCUUAGAGCUCA